AAGGCCCUGCCGCGCCGCGCUCGCUCCUUUCUGCUGCCGCCAUCAUGGGUCGCAUGCACGCUCCCGGAAAGGGCUUGUCCCAGUCAGCUUUGCCCUACAGACGCAGCGUGCCAACAUGGCUGAAACUUACUUCUGAUGAUGUAAAGGAACAGAUCUACAAGCUGGCUAAAAAAGGCCUGACUCCCUCUCAAAUUGGUGUGAUCCUGAGGGAUUCCCAUGGUGUUGCUCAGGUUCGCUUUGUUACUGGCAACAAAAUUCUGAGAAUCCUUAAAUCAAAGGGACUGGCCCCAGACCUUCCGGAGGAUCUCUAUCACUUGAUCAAGAAAGCUGUUGCUGUUCGCAAGCAUCUUGAGAGAAACAGAAAGGAUAAAGACGCCAAGUUCCGCCUGAUUCUGAUUGAAAGCAGAAUCCAUCGGCUGGCUCGCUACUACAAAACCAAGAGAGUGCUGCCACCUAACUGGAAGUAUGAAUCAUCAACGGCUUCUGCCCUGGUCGCAUAAGAGCUGGCUAUUACUUACUGAAAGAAUAAAUUGUCAUUAACUAAGUUUGUGUUGUGUAAAUGGUUGGUGACUUAGAAACUCCUGCUUGUUUCAGGAUGGAGCAGGCACACCUGGUUUUCAUAUUGCUGUCCUACAGUGUGAGAUUUGGGUGAUGGUUUUUGCUGUUCUAGACCAGCGGUAGGUUUUUUGUCUGUGCUUAAACUGGGUGUUUUUGAUUCAAUAGUUUCAAGUUAGUGAAGUUGACCUAGUUCUUCAAAACAAAUGUAUUUUAUUCACAUGGGACUGGUGCCUGUCUGUGAGUCCUGUGGGAAGAACUGGAGAAUAAAACCAUGACAGCAGGAAGAAUUGAACAUUCAGAACAUGCGGAGGGAUUGGGCUGGAGGAGGGGAAAGAGAAACAAAUUGGAGAGGCGAUUAAUUUGUUGCAGGUAUUGUGGAUCUGUUGGUAGGGCAGGAAGUUUAAGCAGACAUCAACCAGUUCCUGGCAGUAACUGUUGCUGUCCUUUUGAGAAUAGUCUUUGAGACUGGGGUACA